AUGCACAGUGCUUAUGGGGCCCUCAUGUGCCUUGUAACCUGCAAGGUAUGCCAUUGUGAAAGGACUCAGUUGGCAAUAUUAAAGAGGUUUCAUGAAUUAUCGACAUCUAUUCCUCCCAUCCAGGAUGAUCAUGCAAACAACAUUGAUACAAUACAGGAGGACCAUCUCAUGCAGCCAAAGGAGAUGGAGCAAAACAACUCAGAGACAACCAAUGAUUUGCCAGUGGCCUUGGCUUUGAUGACACCUGUGGAUCAACAUCAGGCUCUUGCAAAAGAUAUGGAUGGCUCAGCAAUAAACCUGUACUUUGGUCCAAAGGCUGUAGGCAAAGGCACAAAUAUCACACAGCCAAGGCGCAUGACUGCUGAAGAGCUGCAACUAUUCCAGGAUCCGGAAAAUCUGCACAGGAAACAAUUUGUACUCUCAGGUAAGGAUGAUUCUAGGAUGUAUGAGGUUAUUGGCUACUCCAGGAAGCAGGACAGGACAGUUGAAUAUGAUGUGCUUUUUGAUGAUUGUGGGGACUCUAUCAUGGUCAUCAGUAUUUCAGGAUGUAUUUCAGCCACAGAAUUUAUUCUUUCUGGUAAAACAUUGAAGCACAGAGAAGAACUUACCCUGGUUGUCAGGUUGACAAACUAUGAUCUGGGACCAGAAUCUUUUCCAGAUUUUGAGCAUAACAUUUAG